UGUUUCUGGCAAAUAUGUUGUCACAGUUCAUCAACACUAUCAAGUAUCAACCCAUAAUACACGCACCCAAAAUAACACACGGCAAAUUCCUAAUCCCAUUCGAUGCUCUGUCGAAGAUUCUACACAAUUUUUGUCCGUACCAACACCUACCCAUCAAUUAAACACCACAAAUUCACAACCCCAUUUGCUUUUCUUGAUGUAAAACCCCUCAAUUUCAAACCCUAUGUCCCCAAUUCUCUGACCCAGAAGUCUGUUUCAUCAAUUUGCAGUAUGAGUGGUUCCCGGAGACCGGUAUCUGUUCCGAUUCCCGAUGUUGAGAAAGCUGAUAAACUCGAAUUGUAUCGAGCCCUCGAAUCCUCACUAGGUACUCCUUUUAGUUCUCAACCAUUUUUACCAAACCCUAGUCCUUUGAUUAUAGUCAUUAGUGGUCCUAGUGGUGUUGGUAAAGAUGCUGUCAUUAAAAGAUUGAGACAAGUGAGGCAGAAUUUGCAUUUUGUUGUUACAGCAACUAGUAGAGAUAUGAGACCGGGUGAAAUUGAUGGGAAAGAUUACUUCUUUGUGAGUAAAGAUGAGUUUUUGAGAAUGGUUGAGAGGAAUGAGCUUUUGGAAUAUGCGUUAGUGUAUGGGGAUUAUAAGGGGAUUCCGAAACAGCAGAUUCGGGAUUAUAUGGCUCAAGGGUGUGAUAUUGUGUUGAGGGUUGAUAUUCAAGGGGCGGAAACGUUGAGAAGGAUUCUUGGGAAUUCUGCUGUGUUUGUGUUUCUUGUGGCCGAAAGUGAGUCUGCUUUGGUGCAGAGGUUAAUUGGUAGGAAGACUGAGACGAAGGAGACAUUGCUUGUGAGGAUUGCUACUGCUCGUGAGGAGGUCAAGCAUGUUAAGAGAUUUGAUUAUGUUGUUGUGAAUGCGGAAGGUGAGCUGGAAAAUUCGGUCAAGCUGGUGGAGUCGAUCAUUGAUGCAGAAAAGGCUAAAGUGCAGCAGAGGAGGGUCAAUAUCUAGGCAUGACUGCUUAUUUUUAGUUGAUUACGGUGAGUGUAUGUUCUGGACUUUAUAACAAUUAAAAUAUCUUUUUUAAUGAAAUUUUGAAUCUAUAUGGACAUCUUAGCGUUACUUGUAUGGCACAUGAUCCACGGUUUUGACAUGUUUGAAAUAAAUGGGGAGUUCUAUUAAGAAAGCACU